AGGGCGGUGGACUCAGCGGGCUGAGGGGGGGGGGGACUUGAAUAAAAACAUUUUUUUUACAAAUAAAUUUAAUUUAAAGUUAGAAACACCGUCACGUGCCGACUCAACGGAACGUUGGUUGCAUCUUUUUAUUAACGGUUAACGUUGAUGACGGAAACAACGACUUUCGGUGCGUGGUUGGUCCCCACGAGCGAGUGGUAGAGUCCGAUUUUCCGUUCCCCCCUCCCCCCCCCUCGUCUUGAGGGCCGAGUGGUCGAGUCCGAGCCGGGUUUGGCGGGAACUAAAGACGCGGGCUCCCUCCGGCAGCAGAUUCCCACCGACAACAAGAAGCGAUGGGCUCCAGCGACUCGCCACCCCCAGAGCGGCGUCGUGCUUGGUUGGUGGACGACGGGACGACUCGUGGUCCCCGAGAUGCGCAGCAGGAGGAGGAGGAGGGCCGUGUUACGAAGCGGGACGCUGUGGAGACGCGGGACCCGGACCUCGCCCUCAGGAGCCCAGUCCGCCCCGAGCGGGGCACCCGCGACGACUCCAGGCGCAGCAGCCGCGACCCACACGGGCGGAGACCCGAGCACCCAUCUCAGAGUCGUGGCUUGCGACUCGAGCGGAGACGAUUUCCCGAGGACAAUGAGACGGAGACACGGAGAUACAAGCCUCUGUCACGAUGCGCUGGCUCUGCACCGACAGUCUCCUCGCGUAAGCGUUCCUGCUCUGGCUUGACUGACUGGGCCUCCGCUGUGGAGGAUGAUGACGACAGACGCUCACAGAUCCAGGAAGAGAUGAAGAGGGUGAACGCAGAAGGACUGCCCAGCAAGGCCAGUGACAUGGAGACGGACGAGGAGGUGCUCGUGCGGCGCCAGAAGCAGAUCGACUACGGCAAGAACACGCUGGCGUACGAGAGCUACGUGGAGGGGGUGCCGCGGCACCUGCGUGAGCCGGGCAAACACCCACGCACGCCCAACAAGUUCAAGAAGUACAGCCGACGCUCCUGGGACCAGCAGAUCCGGCUGUGGCGCCGGGCACUGCAUGCCUGGGACCCCGAGUCCACGGAGGGCGCCGACGACUCCCUGCAGCCCAUAGCUGAGCUGGUGCUGCAGGAUGGCUUGGACGACCUGUGAUACGACGGUGGCGGUGGCAGUGGUGCUUGGUGGUAACUGCCACAACAGUUUCCAGAGUUUGGUCAUUUGCUACACGGUGGUGCGGAGAUCCAGCGACCCUCACACACGUCAAUCUUGGCACACACACGUGGACUCAGUGACGAUUAGCAUUAGGUAGGUGGCACACACACAUACUGGUGUCGUUCCAGUGUGCAGGAGGUGCAACUGCUUUGGUGCCCAUAGCCUGGAGUGUCCUAGGCGCUGGGGUACAGUGUGGUGAAAUUGGACAGGGGGGGGGGCCCCAUUUCAUUUGCACAAGGACCAUGCCAACUGCGCUAUGCCAAUGUAUUGCAUUGAGACCUAUAGACUUACAUGGAGAUCCAUAGAAUUACAUGUAGAUGCAAACUAACAGCGAUUUCAUUGACCUACAUGCACUUAAAUAGACCCAUAGACCAACAUGUAUUUACAUCGGUGAUAUAGCUAUUGAGUGUGCAGGUUGUGCAGCUGCAUUGCUGCACGAGUCCACGGGCAGGAGGGGGGGCAGGUCCUGGGCUAUGAAGAGGGGGUAAUGUGAUAGGGACCCAACCCCCCUCCCCCCCCGCACAUGCAGCCACUGACCUCUCGUUUGCCCGGUUUCCACGAGCAACAACCCGAUUGUGAACUCGAGUUUCCGCCCCAGACAGCGUCACGUGUUGCCAUUAUCUUUGCGCUACUUGAAAUGGCAGAAGAUUUUGUUUGCGGCCUGAAUUUCCCAGGCGGGUGUUGAUUUCAUGGGCUGGCCUAGAAUUCCCUGCGUCUGAUUUCGCUCAGAGAUCAGUAAGUUGUCAAACACGUUACAAUAAAUAAUGUAGGGUGACAGGAUCAAUCAAUUGUACAUUUAACGAUUUAAGUUAAUUUGGUUAGCAACCCAAUCUUGACCUUUGUUGCGCACAUAUUUCUGGGACAGGUGAUCUUGCAACAUAAUAUAAGUAACUGCAGAUUGCGGAAUCCCCAAUUUAACCAAUUCGAGUUACCCUUCAACUCGAGUUCUGGGUGAGAGAUGAGGCCAACCCUAGUUGGCGGGCCUACAGAAACCUGAUGUUUGCUGGACACAAGCCUCAAAGUCGAAAUAUUUUCUUGGCCAAAUUAGUAUUGAAGUGGUGAUCGUCUCUCAUGUUUAUAGCUCUGAAAGAUUAGACGAAAAUCUGUAUUCCUUACCCGGGAAAUCCCCGUUAACUUCCCCACAACAUGAUAUAAAUUGUAUUGGCCCCGGAGACAUGAUGUGCCGAGUCAAUUCCCCAAACUCACAACUUUUAUGAUUGUGAGAUGCUUACUCCACUACUGAGCCACCUGGCCUGACUUAAGGUCACGUGCAUACAUACACACACACGCGCGCGCGAGAGGCCAAAGUGAAAAGAGUAAGUGGACUCGGUCACUCGGAGUUCCCUGUCCUCUGCCAGUUCUGUUCGCGUGGCCCCCGUGACCUCUGUGCCGACGUGGGUGGGCCUCCUGCCAUGUUCACUGGAUAUCCCUGCCAUGGACAUUCCCCUCCCCACCACUUGCCUCGCGCCUCAGGCGGCAGGCAUCGACACUGUCCCUCGCCGUUUCACGUUCGGAUGUUUUUAAUGUUGCGUGAGUGUCGUGGAGGUGUGUGCAUGUGACGGCUGCCUGGCGUCACUGCCAAAUUGUUUGGAAUAAAAGUUUCAAAAGUC